AGGGGAGCAAAAAGUGAGUGGCGAGCGAAGGGAUUUUGGAAGCUGAGAUCCUCUCCCCCUCUCCCUUUUAUCUUUAGAUCACGCAUCUAUUUACCUUCUUUUUAUGACGUAACUUGCUUCGUUUUAUGGGGCUUUGUAAUUGAUUGGUAUCGCUUCCUUUGGGGGAAAAAAAUUCUCGUUUUUUGAUUUCUUUUCGGUGUGAUUUGAGUGUUUUGCCCCAAAUCUGCGGUGGGAGUCUUCCCGAUGUGAUCCGAGGGAAAAUGGGUUUCGGUUCGAUCUACCGGCUUGGAAAUGGACUUAUCGGCGAGUUCUGUGCUAAUUUCAGGAGCAGAUCUGAGUAGAAAUGGAGUUGGUGGAGAAAGCUAGAUGAAAGCACUAAGCUUGAGGAGACGGUGCGAGGAAAGAUCGGCGGCACUGAGGGUUCCGGUUUUGCUCUUUUGCCAUGACUUACUUCCCAGAGGAGGUGGUGGAGCACAUCUUCGACUUCCUCAGCUCGCACCGCGACCGUAACAUCGUGUCGACGGUGUGCAAGGCAUGGUAUCGUGUCGAGCGGCUCAGCCGCCGCAUUGUGUUCGUUGGCAACUGUUAUGCCGUGCGGCCAGGACGAGUAAUGGCGAGGUUCCCUGGAAUGAAGUGUCUCAGCGUCAAGGGGAAGCCCCAUUUUGCCGAUUUCAACUUGGUCCCACAUGAUUGGGGUGGCUUCGCGCUGCCAUGGAUUGAGGCCGCCGCCCGCGGUUGCCCUGGUCUCGAGGAGCUCCGUCUGAAGAGAAUGGUGGUGUCUGAUGAGAGCCUUGAGCUCCUUGCACGCUCCUUCCCCAACUUCAAGGCCCUUGUUCUCGUCAGCUGCGAGGGUUUCACCACUGAUGGGCUUGCUGCGAUCGCUACUCAUUGUAGGGGUCUUAGGGAGCUAGAUUUACAGGAAAAUGAGGUGGAAGAUCAUGGCAGGCAGUGGCUCAGUUGCUUCCCUGAUUCUUGUACUUCCCUAGAGUCCCUGAACUUUGCUUGCCUCAAAGGGGAGGUGAAUGCAGGUGCUCUCGAGAGACUUGUUGCUCGGUGCGUGAACCUCAGGAGCUUGAAGCUUAAUCGUGCAAUAUCUGUUGAGUCACUUGCCAGGAUGCUUGCCCGAACCCCCCAUUUGGUCGAACUUGGAACUGGUUCGUUCACCGUUGAGCACCGUGCUGAAGCUUACCAGAGGCUGAUACAUGCCUUCCGAAAAUGCAAGUCACUAAAGAGUUUGUCAGGUUUCUGGGAUGUUGCUCCACGCUGCCUGCAGUCUAUCUAUUCCAUCUGUCCAAACCUUACUGUUUUAAACCUGAGCUAUGCUCCUGCAAUCCAGGGUGCUGAUUUAGUAAAGCUGAUUCGUCACUGUUUCAAACUUCAAAAGCUUUGGGUAUUAGAUUGCAUCAGAGACAAAGGACUAGCAGUUGUGGCUUCCACUUGCCAAGAGUUACAGGAGUUGAGGGUCUUUCCUUCUGAUAUCUAUGGAACUGGCACUGCCGCUGUGACUGAAGAAGGGCUGGUUGCCAUAUCUUCAGGGUGCUCAAAGCUGAACUCUUUGCUGUAUUUCUGCCACCAGAUGACAAAUGCUGCACUCAUCACUGUUGCAAAGAACUGUCCCCAUUUCACACGGUUCAGACUGUGUAUCCUUGAUCCUGGGAAGCCAGACCCCGACACUAAUCAACCACUGGAUGAAGGUUUUGGGGCUAUCGUGCGCUCGUGUAAAGAUCUGAGGAGACUAUCACUAUCAGGUCUUCUAACCGACAAGGUUUUCUUGUAUAUUGGUGAGUAUGCUGCACGUCUUGAGAUGCUUUCAAUUGCAUUUGCUGGUGAUAGCGAUAAGGGAAUGGUUUACGUGCUCAAUGGAUGCAAGAAUCUUAGGAAGCUUGAAAUAAGGGACAGUCCAUUCGGUGAUGCUGCACUUUUGGAGAAUGUGGGCAAGUAUGAAACAAUGCGAUCCCUUUGGAUGUCAUCCUGUGAUGUUACUUUAGGGGGGUGUAAGGCACUUGCAGCAAAGAUGCCGAGAUUGAAUGUGGAGGUCAUAAACGACAGAGACGAAAGCGAUGAGAUGGAGGAAAAUCCUAGCGACAUGCAUAAGGUAGAGAAAAUGUACGUGUAUCGGACUCUGGCUGGAGCAAGGAAUGAUGCACCAGAAUUCGUUGAGAUAUUGUAGAGUCAGGCUAGCAAGUGGUCUUCAGAAGUAAUUGUGUUUGGAUUUAAUUUCAUGUAAUGUUACCAUUACCAUUAUCGUAGUCAUCUUUGUAGACUCCAAUUAUGGAUGAUGAGGAACGCAAGUCUGAGUCUGUAGAUUUUGCUCUUGUGAUAAGAGACCUGUCUGCUGAUUUUUGCGUCGAA